UAGCUAGCUUCUCUUCUUCCUAAGCCUCCUAGCUCUUUAAUUCCUUCUUCUUCUUCUUCUUCACUUAAUUAUUCUCUGCAACUCGUGAAAAAUGGCAGGGAGUUCUUCAAGGUUCAGCAAUGUGUUGGGAGAAGUAUUUGGUUCUUUUGAUCAGUCGGUGAUGUUAAAUGUUUCAUUCAACAACAAGCCAGUUUUUAAUGGAUGUGAUUUAAGGCCUUCGAAUGUUGUGAAUCGUCCUAGAGUUGAAGUUGGAGGAGAUGAUCUGCGUGUUUUCUACACACUGAUAAUGGUUGAUCUCGAUGCGCCAAAUCCUAGCAAUCCAACGUUGAAAGAGUAUUUGCACUGGAUGGUCACGGAUAUCCCAGCAACAACAGAUGCAAGCUUUGGACGUGAGCUGGUGAAAUAUGAGAGCCCUCAGCCAGUGACUGGAAUCCAUCGCAUGGUCAUCGCACUCUUAAAACAGCAAAGAAGGAGCACUGUUUCCAAGCCAGACUCACGAGAAAACUUCGAUACCAGAACCUUCGCUCAGGCCUACAAUCUCGAUUCUCCGGUGGCCGCCGCUUACUUCAACUGUCAACGGGAAGCUGGCUCCGGUGGCCGGAGAUUCUUCUCUUAAAACCACCCAUGCUACUAUCGUCACAGCACCUCGUUUAUCUAAUAUUAUAGCUGUAUAAUAUGCCAUGCUACCAUGAAUCAAUAUUCUAUCAAUAUUAUCGAUCUCUAUAUAUAUUGUGUUGGAUGUGAUGAGAAGGAAUUCUCUAGUAAUUUGUAAUGUGGAUUUGAAUAUGUAAUAGGCUGUGAUCGAUUUGUA